UAUAUUUUAUCGUCUAGACAGGAAAAAUACAAUUUUGGUAGGAAAACUCGGUUUUACAGUUUUGGCGGGAAACUAAAUUUUACGGUUUAAUUGGAAAAACUUGAUUUUGUGAUUUUGGUAGGAUAUUGUUUUAGCGGGGAAACUCGAUCUUACGGUUUUAUCAGGGAAACUCGAUCUUACGGUUUUGGCGGAAAUUUUUGAUCUUACGGUUUUUGCGAAAAAAACUCGCUUUUGCGGUUUCGGCGGGAAAAUUUUAUCUUACGGUUUUGUCGGGAAAACUCGAUUUUGCGGGUUUUGUAGGAGAACUCGAUUUUGCGGUUUUGGCGGGAAAAUUCGAUUUAGCGGUUUUGGCGGGAAAACUUAGUUUUACUUAUGGCGGGAAAACUCGGUUUUACGAAUUGGCGGGAAAGCUCGGUUUUAAGGUUUUGGCGGGAAUACUCGUUUUUUACUGUUUUGACAGAAAAACUUGGUCUUAAGGUUUUCGGUUCUAGCGGAAAAACUCAAUUUUUUCGAUUUUGGCAAUAAAACUCGAUUAGGUGGGAAAACUCGAUUUGUAGUUUUGGCAGAAAACUCGAUUUUUGCGGUUUUGGUGAAAAUAUUCAAUAUGUAAUUUUGAUGAGAAACUUGAUUUUAUGGUUUUUUUUUUGUAAAAAAGGUUAAAGUUUAAUAAGAAAAUAGCAUAUAAUAUGCAUAUCGUUGAAAAAUUGCGUUGACAAAAAAUGUAUGAAAAAUGGAUUACAUUUAGUUUAUUUAAAUUGAUUUAGAUAUAUAUGAUAAAAUAAAUACAAACUUGGUUUAGUAAUAUGUGUUAAAAUUUUGGAGUUUUUUUAUUUGAUUUGAUUUUAUGUUGGUUAUAAUUUAUUAUUGGUUUGGUUAUUUUUUGACAACAAAAUAUUUUCAAGUCUCAUUUUAUUGGUUUGGUUAUAGAUUUUUUUGUUUGGGUUAGAUUUAGUUUAUUAAAUUUUAAUUAUAUACAUGUGAAAAUAAAUAAAAUUUGUUGUUGUAAAAUUGGUUUAUAAUUGAGUUUUGUUAUUUAAUUAUAUUUUCAGGCGGCACCAUAUGCAGAAAUAAAAGUUUAAAAAAUUAAAUUAUAUUUAAAAUAUUUUUUUAAUUUUAAUUAUAUGUAAAAAUUAAGAUACAAUAAAUAAUUUUUUAUUUAAUUUUUAAUAAUAUUUAUGUCUAUAAUUCUAAAAUUAUAGACAUUUAUAAUUUUCAAGUAUUAUUUAUGUGGUUAAAAAUAUUAUUUAUUUAUUUUUAAUAAUAUUCUGAACAAGGAUAAGAACCUAAAAUAUCAAAAUAAACAAUAUAUCUGAAAUAUGUUUGGAUAUUUGUACGAAAAAUAGUCAUAUUACUCGAUUCGAUCCAAAUCUUUUAAAUAGAGUUAAUUACAUGACGACGCAUCUAAAAUAUAACACUAAUUAUAAAAAACAAAUAUACCAAUAUAUAAAAUCGUAAAAAUCAAACAGAUUAUGUUUCUCUUGCUGCAAGAAUCAAAAAGAAGCCAUAUUACUAGAGGGAAUACGACGGUAUAUAGAAAAAUGAAACAAAUUAGAAUUAGGGCUAAUUUAUGUCAAGAAGGAAAACUUGGUGAGCAAGUCCCUUCAUAUGUAUUAAUGUGAGCAAUUAGGGUUUCAUUUCUUUACUAAAACUAUUCAUGUCUCUGAUUCUCAACCAGCCCCCGAAGCUAUGCUUGCGGAAACCAGUGUUGGUAAGAUGCUCUCCUCUUCACCACUCUAAUGGUUACUCAUCUGCUUCAUUGCCGCAAUCACAAACCCUUCCUUCAACCAUCUUAUGCGCUGAUCCUUGUAGACCACAUCUCGUAAGACCCGUGUACAGGAGGAGGGAUGGUGACAUGGAUAUUCUUGAUUACGAGAUGCCUAGUGAUUUUAUGGAGGUAACGGAAAUGAUAGGAACAUCCAAUGGAUGGAUAACGUCUUUGGUGGACGGCAUUGUGCAAAUCCGGGAACACCCGGGGAAGAAUCGUAAACAGUUGAGAAUCAUUUUUUUACCUCCUCAUGUAACGCUGCCUCUAUGCCAAGCCCAAAUGGCCACCAACGUGGCAAUGUCCUCAUCUUCUCCGUUGAAAGAGGAGUGUGUUGUGGCUGUCAAGUUCUGGGGACCUCAACUAAGCAUUUGUAAACCGGCUCAAAGCAACGCCGAGUGGAUCAACAUCAGAAUCUCAAACCCUUGUUUCUUUUCAUCCCCUGUCAUGUAUUCGGAGAAAGAGGACAUGUUUCGCAUUGUCGGAUCUGGAGGCCACCUUGUUGGAUCAUGGGAUCUCGGCAAACACAAGUGCACACCAAAGAUUCAGAGACUUCAAUUUCAAAACCUUCCGGAGCUGAGCAAGGCCAAGCGGGAGCUUCUGUACUCGAGCAACACAAGCGAACACUUGGUGGAGUCAAGAACAACCGGUGAAACUUUCAUGGUUAAGUGGUACAAAAGGACGGCCAAGACCAUCUACUGCAUAGAGAGAAUGGAAACACAAGCUUUAAUGGUGUUCAAGAUAGACGAAGAAGGCAACGCUGUUUACACUCAAGAUAUUGGUGAUCUCUGCAUUUUCCUCACAAAGUCUGAAUCUUUCUGUGUCCCUGCUUGCUCUGUUCGCCACAUGCGUCCUAAUCGCGUCAAACUCAUGGAUGUCGACGAAUUCACUAUUAUCGAUCUCGCUGCUCAAAAGUGGAACUGAUAAGAACAUUAGUUUGGACUUGUGUUUUUUUUUUCCUGAGACUAGAGUCUUGUCUUUUUCUUUAAAACCUUUCAAAUAUCCAAUCUAAUUUUUUCGUAAUAUUUAAUAAGCUUUUUGUCAACCUAAACAUAAAUUAAUCAUAAAUGUUUUUCAAAUUUUCCUUAAAUAAAAAUCACGAAAUUAUGUAAUGUACCUAAAGUAUAUAUGACAAUUAAUGAUUUUGAAUAAUAAAGAUUUGAUUAAAAUUAGUCUAUUUUCUAUCAUUUUUUUAAAUUUUAACUUAUUAAAAUAAAUUAAAUAACCACAUUAACUAUAUAAUAAAAAAUUAGA